AUGGGCCCUUCUACCUUCAGUGACGACCUUCCUACAUCCCUGGCGGACCUGCUUUCCAACACCUUGAUCCUGCGCCAAACUGCCCCGUACCUGCCAAUAUCUGCUCUCCGUAACCUGUCGCGAACUUGCAAAUCCCUACACCAUGUUGUCUUCCAGUCGCCAGAGGCCUUUCGCUACUUGGAUCUCUCUCCGGUGAAGUCUGCUAUUGUGCCCUUCGAUGGACCUCUUGAUAUCGGCGGUACCAGUUUCCGUGCUGAGCGCAUGGACGAAGCCCUCACCGAAGACGACUUCUACAGCGGCCCUCUACGUCAUAUCUUCAACAGACUUGAGAAGCUGCACGUCUUGCGCAAUGUCCACACACUCGUACUAGACGGGCUCAGCGUAACAGCCGAGCUGGUCAAGGAACUGCUUACUGAGGAACGCUUCAACGUCCGCAUACUCUCGAUCCGCGAAGCCAAACACUUGAACGAGAGGAAGCUUCAGCAAUACCUGCGAUACGCGGUCCGACCGUCCAGGCCUGCGGGCACCCCUCGAGUCAAAGGCAUCUACAUCUUUGGCACCCGCGAUCGAACACCGCGCCCUGCGUCGCCCGUCACGAAGAAGCCUUCCCCACAUAUUCCCAAGGGCGUGACGACUUCACAAGGGGCGCAGAUAGGGGCGCAAUGGAACGAGAAGUCGCAGCAGGCCUUGGAAGCUGUACUGGCGCGGACCGAGGACAAGUGGUACCAGUCUUCUGGCAAGAUCAUACCUAAGCGGCCGUCGCCGGAAUGGGCAGAGAUUCUCCAGGCGUGCGAAGGCAUCAUCGCUUUCGACGCCGUUCUGUGCAGAGGACCACGCCAUGACCCAAGCAAGGCGUACGUCAGAGACGCGACUGCAGAUGGCGCACCCCAUCCAUCCUCGUUCCUGCGGCCUACAGUAGCCACUGUAGCGCUAGGUCCGUCUGGCUGCGAGACAUGCCACUCCUCUCCAGAAGGCCCGGCAGUGUUUGGCGACUCCAGUCCGUCGCAUCAUCCGCUACUCAGUCCGGUACCACUUCAUGGGUCCUCCGUACGCGCCGCGCAAAUACCACACACUCUCGACGGAUCCGCCCCUCCACCUCUCAUAGUGCGAUGCGAGGACUGCCUGAAAGGACGCUGGUGCGAGAGAUGUCACAAGUGGUGGGACGAGAACUGCUACACUGGAUCGGUCACCGCCCAACGUACGGAACUACAGCAGACGGAGCUCACCGAGAGCUUCAAACCCGACGGGACCAGCCAACUGCUCCCCAAGCAAACCAUCAAGGUACAUAUGGGCCUCUGCGUGGAACACUGUCUCCGUGAGGAAAUGAUGGCCGGAGCCGGUAGCGACGGGAUGUGGGGAUGA